CUCACAGACCUCUCCCUGCCUCAAUUGGAGGGCCUGAAGACUCAGUUAGAUCAGGUACGAUCAAAUAUAGCGUUGUUUUUUGGGGUGUUAGUUCUUCUACAUCAGAUUCAUGAUAAUGGCAAUAAAACGUCAGGAGAUUGAGUUCCUCACGUCUUCAAUAGGCCAGCUCAAAGUUGCCCAGACCAAGUACGUGGAAGCAAAAGAUAGUUUAAAUGUCCUAAAUAAAAACAACCAAGGUAAAGAACUACUAGUGCCACUCACUAGCUCUAUGUACGUGCCUGGAUCUUUAAAUGAUGUGGACACCUGCUUAGUUGAUAUUGGAACUGGAUACUAUGUUGAAAAGAGUGUGGAAGACUCAAAGGCAUUCUUCAAACGCAAAAUAGACUUUCUCACAAAGCAGAUUGUUGAGAAAAUUCAGCCGGCCCUUCAGGAAAAACAUGCCAUGAAACAAGCUGUGGUUGAAGUAAUGAACAUGAAGAUCCAGCAACUCCAACAGAGCCAGCAGUCAUCACAGACAGUCGGGACCACCAAUGCUUAGUGGGAACACCUGUUAGAACUCUACAUGACUGAGAUGGGGGCUUUCUAAGUUUGUGUACAUCUGUAGGUCAUAAUGCCCUUCACUAAUAUAAAGAGUCAUGUUUAAACUGAAGAAUAAAGAAUGUUUUUGUUUGUCUCAAGUAAGGGCACAAACCUUGUUGCCAGUUCUUUAAAAUGUUGUUGUAAUGGUGAACUAGACAGGUGAUGUUGCUCCAUUUUAAAUGUAUUUAACUGGAUAUUCAAUUAGUUUGUCCAAUAAAGGGGGUUUCUUUGCAUUCAAAAACACAAACAUGUUUUCACUAUAUAUGCGUCAUCAGUCUACUUUACUUUUUUAUUUACUGCAUUUCAACAACUCUGUUCUCUACUGAGACAUUAUUUUUAGAUGGGCAGACGGUUAAUGGAAAUUGCACUAAUCUAAUUUGUACACCUCCUAAAAGUCUAGUGGGAUAUCUUAUCAGCAUCACAUGAAAUCCCCAGUGUGAGUUUACUUUAUAUUUAAAGGAGACUGGGCAACACGACACAACGUAACCAGAGUAAAAUUGAAAUACAGAGUGGAGAUGAUCCUGUGAAAAUUAUAUCAAGCCCAAACCCUUCAAAAACUUCUGAUUCCAUCAAGACUUGCCUAUUACGGGUUGCAUUCAAAACUAGGGCUGCCAUAAGGAUAAAAUUAAGAUUAAUCACAGGAUUUCUGUAGUCAAUCAUGAUUAAUUACAUGUUGUAUUGCAUUUUCAAAUUCCACUAUUGUGCAUUUAAAACUGUUCUUGUGUCAUUUUUAUUUUUUCCAGUAUUGUCCACCUGUGACUAGGUGUUCCUAUAAGACGCAUAAAGACCAUUCUUCAUCAGUAUACUGCCUUGCUAUGAGGUUGACUGCUUGUUCUUGCCACCAGUUUUCAACAAUUACUGCAGCUCUGUAAUUUGUGAAACAUGUAACACUUUCAAAAUAGUUUAGUUGUAUGUAGUGUGGACAAAUAUAGACACUUUUAUUGUGUUAAAUUUUACUCUGAGUUUAAUAAAUACUGUCAAUUUGCUGUAAAAUUAA